GUUAAAUCUCUUAAAGUUUAUUGGCUUUACACAAUGAGUUGGAUUUGGAAGGAUCAAAGUUUUAUGGAACACGUUUGCAACGAGUUCCUGUCGUUCAACCUUGGCUCAGUGGUUCCGCCAACAUUACUGUCUCCUUCCGCAAAUUUAAACGCAUCGGCGAACUUUAUCGUAAGGAUAAUCAAUAAAACGUUGGAGAAGAACGGAAAUUUAAUCAGUUCGGACGUUUAUAAGAGUAUUUUAAAAUCAAAGGAAGUUAUAAGCACAACAGAUAGUAUAUUGUGGCAACAUUUACAAGAUGCAGUUACCUCAGCGGCAACUGGUAAUUAUUCCCUGUUGUACGGAUUCAUAUUCAGUAUGAUAAACAGGGUGCGAGACUUGCACGACGAUGAGUGGAUUUUGAUACCUGGAGGAGUGCUUUUAUCCGAAAAUAGUCCAGUAGAACAGCUGUGUUACUCCAUAUACAAGUGCAGAGGCGCAAGUACGUACAUCUUUUGCGUAAUCAACAACGGUGGCCACGGAUUAAAGUAUCAUUCCUGUAGAGUUAACAAGGGGAUUAAACUGGGAACCAUACAGAGAGACUCCACAGUAGUGCUAAAAGACGUUAAGUCAGACUCACUCUUACACUCAUCUUUCUGGUUCAUGCUUUACAGGCUUCUGUAUGUUCCAAGUUCACAUAACUAUGAAAUUCUCUACACCGUACUUUUACCAUUUCUGAAUAAUAAAUCUUUGUUGUUGAACUGGAAAUUGGAGACAAAUGCAACAUCCGGCGGGUCCAAAUUUGGAACGACCAGUAACUCAAACACAAUUAAUAAUAGUAAAGUGAGCUCAGACGACGCGGGUAACAAAAAGCUUUUAAUUGAGGCUUUUACACAACUUCAUGAAACACAUGAGUCAAAACAGGUAAAGACAGAAAGCGCACGUUCUCUGUCACUGGAACUAAACAGUAACUUGGGCGGAGUAUGGUUUGACGUUCCAGUAAACAAAUAUAAACCCUCAACAGUGUUUGACUCUUUGAUGUCACUAGUUGAGAUAAUUCUCAGACAUAACGGCGCAAAUCAGACGGAUAUUGACUUGGUGUUUAUCAUGCUACAGCUUUCAACGUGCUUAAUCAUACACGAAGAUAUUGCGAAACUGACACCAAGUGAAGCACAGGUGCACUUAGGACACCGAAGUACCCUAUUGUUCAUACAACUUUCCUGUAAAAAACUCGCAAUGAUGGUAGCGGAGUUGCUUUUGCAGGAGUGUGGGAAGUCUAAGUUGAUAGAUAUAGACGAGGAUGCACUAACUAUAGAACAGGCAUCAGACUUGUCAAACGCUAUUAACUCACUGCAAACUACUGGAACAAACGCAGUUAAUUCCGUGGGCUCAAUUAACACAAAAAAGGAAUUGUAUACUCUUAUAUCACACCUGGUUAAUAGUAUAGAUAAGAAGAUGUGUGAAGUUGUCCCAGGGAAAUUAAUUGGUAUGGGUAACGGGUCCUGUACCAUGGAUCGCAAAAUGUGCUCAAUCGCAAAUAAUUUCGGUUUAAACUUGGAGUUCGACAAUUUUGGAAAGUUCAGACUGGAUGGAGCAAAUGUUAAUGAGCUGGCUAAAGGUACACUUAAGUCCUUAAUACUGUUGCCUGUUGAGUUGACCAGCGUAGACUACCCAGUGAAAGACUAUACGGACGUCUGUAAAGUGCUGAGAAAGUGUGUCCAGACCUGUACAAUUUUAAGUAACCAAAGGGAUGCAAUGCCAUACACAUACGCAUGGAGGUAUCAACUCAUUAAGCACGUUAUCCUGAACCUGUUACCAAUACCACUCCCGGUCACCCAUAUGGACGAUUACUCUGAAGGGAAAACGGACUUCUGGAGCAGUAUGGAUAUGUUAAGAGAAACACAACUUGAUUUGUUGAGACUGUUGCAGUUACUGGCAAGGCAUCUGUGUUGUGUGUUCUGUUCGCUGGUUAAAACAAGACAAAUUGAAGGUGAAAAGACAGUGUUAUUCGCGGCCAUCUGCGCAGUAACUGAUGUCAUAGUUAGGAAAGUAGCCGUUGAUACCCCGUCAUAUCUGUCACUUUUUUAUUCAGGACGUUCUGAUGGACCGAUUGGAAGUUUUGGGUUUUUUCUAGGAAAUUUCGCAAAUGAAUCGUCAUUCUAUGGACUGACAGACCCAAUGGUGGUAAUUGUGAGAAAUAAGUUGUUGGAAUACUUUAAAUCCCUCGAAAAGACAGUGGACAAGUAUAAUGUGCUUUUCUCGUGGGAAAAUAAUAUGGAAAUAAGUAAAGGAGAUGAACUCUUGCUUCAGUUGCUGUCACUCCAGCUAGGAUUUAACAGGAACCCAGACGAUAUCAGAAAGUAUUACAUUAACGAGUCGAGCGAGUUUAGUUGCGUGUUCCCAGAGUUCGCAAACUUGAGAGAUGUGGUGUUUUUGGCAAAGUCAAUUGGAUGGUCACAGAACUCAAUCAGUGUAAGUAGAUACUCUUUGGAGGAUAGUACGCUAAAGUAUUCAUUGAAUAGCAGUGGGAGUUCAAGCUGUACAAUAAGCGUAAAGGUGUUUGGAAAGUCACUGAAGGUUUCUCCAAUUGUAACCAGCAGUAAGAGAGGAGUAAACGUUUCAUACUAUAGAAAAAUGAUGAAGUGGUUCUCAGGAAGCAGUAGUAAGAAUAUAACAAGCGCAGCAGACCCACAUAACCUAACGGAUAUAGAAAUCAAUAAUGAAACUGACGUGUUACACCUGAGUUCGUUCCCAGAUUAUGGAGGAAAGUUGGGUAGAAGAGAUAGUGAGAUUUUACUCCAGUACCUGACUGCAAGUUAUGUGAGAAUCCCACUAGUGACGCAGUUCUUCAGUGAUGAGGCGAACCUUCAGGCUUUGGUGAGUGAAGAAUUACAGAAGGUGGUCGUGGCAAGUAUAUUUGAGCCUGGAACAUGGCAGAGCAGUACAAUGGGAUCGAAGUUGCCACAAACAGCACCAGUGCAAACAAGAGACGUUCUAUCCACAAGUCUAGGACUGUUGUUCAACGAGAUUUUGAACUCACCAAAUUGCCUAUUGAGUAGCAUCGAACAGAUGUUAGAGCUGACACUCCAGAGAGAUCAUCAAGUAUACACAGGAGAGUCCUCUAAACUACUACUGUUCAUCACAAAAUUGGCAGUUUAUGUGUCAAACUAUAUAAAGAUAGUAAUAGAGUAUAAUAUUCGGUGUAAAAGUGAGUCGACUGAAGGAUUUAAUUUGCAAAAUUUGUUGUAUGUGCCUGAAAUAGUAGUGGAUGAGGAUAACUUUAAAGAAUUACAAAAUUUCCAGAAUAGAAUAAAUAAAUUACUCAGAGAAUCCGCAAGAGUAUUGACCAAAAGAGCAAUCAAGGCAGAGAUAGCAAAUGAACAUAACGCUGCUGCAGCUUCAAUGGCGCAUGUGGCACUGAUAUAUAAUUAUCUGAUUUUGCUAAACUAUCAAAGUGGGUCUCAAUCUGGAAGAAGUACAGGCAGAUCAUCUUCCGGGCAAUAUGAUGAUUUACAUUUAAAACUAGCAAGUUGUAUAUUCUUUGUGUUUGUACAUCACCAAUUUAAUGUUGAGCACUAUACAGGAAUGGAUACAGAGAUUGAAGAAGAUCCGCUCUGUCUUCCGGACAUGGAAAUGUUUAAUGUUAUGCAAACUUCGAGAAAUUUACUCCUGAACUACUUCAGGAACACAACAGAUGUUAGCUCCAAGAUGGAUCAUUUAGUCAAGGUUGUAUCAAAUCUAGGUUCAACGAGUUUGCAAAAUCAAAGUGCAGCAUCUGAUAAAAGAAAUAAUCUGCCUGAUAAUUAUGAGAGUCAGAAAGAAGUUGAUAUUUGGCAGGAGAUAUUGACGCCGAGUUUGUCUGGAAGGUUUACGAAAGCAUCAGCGGCACAAAAGGCACUCUUACAAAUAACAAAUAGUGGAGAUGAAAUUGAGCUUGAUGAUGUGUUGCUGGAAAGCUUUUACGUUGACGAAGAGUUUGAAGACGCAACACAGACAGGUUGGGGAUUUGAUUCCCAAGUGACAACUGGAAUUAAAGAAGAAUUACAAACUCCACAGCCCAAAGUUGAAGAUAAAGAAAAGCAUGAUAAAGGAUUAGUCGCAAAUACAAAGAGCCAGGUGAUAAGUAAGACAAACAAGGCAAUUAAACAUUCCAAAUCACUAGGUAAGAAGAUGUAUCGAAAGUUGAAAAAGAAGAAGAAAACAGUAGACCAAGUUACACCACUGGAUAAGUAUGAAAAUUGGUUGAAAAUGAAGGUAAUGCAGCAUUGCGAUAUCGAGAUUAACUUCCAAACGGCAGAGUUCUCACUUAAGAAGAAUAAACUCCAGCUCCUGGGACACUGGGUGAAUCAGUAUGACCAUUUUGUAAACAUAUUUGGAAAAGUAACAAAUAAAACUACAAUACAGUCUGCAACAGUGCAACUUCAUAAGAAUCGGCAUUGGUUACGCCUGACAGGAAGGGAUUAUGACCUAAUAAAAUGGGAACCAGAUGAACAACAAUAUCAACUCACAAACAAAACCACUUUCAAAUAUAAUAACCCUCCGAAGGGUAUGGAAUGGGUCACAAAUGUUUUGGAACCGUUUAUAUCACAAUACGCAUCGAAAUGGAGCUUUUUUAUAGACAAAGAUGUGGUUUCAAGCCUGAAUCAGAGUUCAUCAAGUUCUGACGGAUUUUAUGAUGAUUUCAAGCAUCCAGAUGAUGAAGUAGAUUCAGUGAGAAUAUAUGCACAAUAUACAGCUCCAAUCCAACCACCGUCUGGAGGAAGUUAUAACCUAGUGACCACAACCACACCAAACAAUGAUAUUCCAGUGGAUUUGUUUUACCAGAGUACCAUGUGUAAAAUGAUUGAUUAUACACAAGCAUAUGCACCACAGGAACACGAAGGCUUGAUUAGAAUUGCAACAGAUACAUUCAGUACCAUCAGUAACGUUAUUACAGAUACAGCAUCAACGAUAACCAAAUUGGCGGGAACAAGUAGUAGUUCUAAAUCUAAAGAAAAAGAAAAGGAGAAAGAGAAGGAAAAGGAAAAGAGUUCUAGAGAAAAAGGUGUUAAGAAUAGUGUAGUAAAUAAGGAAAUAUACGUCACAAGAACUCCACCGUGUAUAUAUGUUUUUGAUAUUCUGGAAGUCGGAAGAACAUGGUACAGAUCAUUAUGCUACUGCAGUGAUGUGACAAUGUCAUUCUGUUCAUCAAUACCACGAUACAUAACAACAGCAGGUAAUUUCUCGUCUAGUGGUAACCUGGCAAGUAAAAGAUGUAACAUAGUACUUGGAGAUCCGACAGACCUUAGCAACGCGGCCAGUGACCCAUCACUCUUAAUAAUUCGCCAUAAAACAAUGAGUAACAGAGUUGAUUCAGUACAAAGGUUAAACAGCAUUGAUUCAUCCUCAUCAGCAGAUUCAGUUUCCCAUAAAGGAGUGGAAUAUGAAAUGUAUGUGUUGCCAAAAUUGUUAUAUGGUUUACUACCCCAAGUGCUCUUGUAUGAGUACCAGUUUUGGCAGAAUCUGAAAACUUCAGAUUUAAUCGGAUAUCCAAUUAACCAACCUAAAACUAACUCUAUGGAAAUGGGAUUGGAGAUAGAGUCUGAGGAUUCAGUGGUAGAAGACGUUACAAAGAAAAACUAUUUAGUAGUGGAAUUGGUGAGUUUAGGACCAAUAGAUACAGGAUAUUUCCAACAAUCAGAAGCUAAAGCAACAGUAUGUAGAAGAAAUAAGAUGACAGAAGAGGUGUAUUAUUUGGUAAAUUUACAAAACACCAAGGACACAACGAUAAGAGAUUUUGUAUCAACACUAACCAGAUUAGAUGAUUUGUCCCAUAUUUUGGCAUGGUCAUUACAAUCUCAAGUGUACGAUACUCCUUCAGGAUUAUCACCAGUCUCAGACAAAAUUACUAAUAAAAUCGACCUAAUUGAGUAUUCAAAGCUUGGAUUGACAUUUAGACUGGAUGCGACAAAGGCAAACAGUAACCGUUAUAUAUGCGAUGAAUAUAAUGGGUUGUAUUUGAAUUAUGGAGAUGUUAACUCAAGCCCACUAACCAGUAAGUUGAUCCGAGGUUUGGAAAACUCGUUGUUGUUGUCUGACGAUGAUGGGGAAUUGUACAUUCUAGUAAGUACAGUUCGUUGCCCGAUGAGAAUAUACCCCAAUGUACCAAACUCACAUGUGGCUUCUACUACAAUCUACAAUUAUUUGGUAGGUUUGGCCUGGCCAGAACUGGUUUACGAUGGCCAUAAUCCAAACUGGCUUAAUAACUUGGAUAGCAGACACUAUUUAUACAAGGUACACACCAGCAGGUGCUUUCUCUUUGUGCCGACAAGCUCAAGUCUACUGUAUUUGCUAAUGUGCAGGUUCCUGGAUAGACAAUAUGAACAAGUUUGCCGUCUGAGUUCGAACAUGAUAUUCGAUCAAGUCCAAAACGAUGAGUCUAUACUAUUCUGGUCAAUAAUAUCUAGGAUUGAUUCGAACAGAGAUACACACCCAGAUGCAUACGCAAGCAGAUUACAUAUACUUUUGGCAGCACAUAAACAAGGAAUGACAGUUAGUAAAGGAAUUAACAUACUUACUGUAUCAACAAAUAAGUUUAAAAGAGGAUUUAGUGCAUUUAAGUCAAUUUUCUCAGGUCGACACUCAUCUGAAACAUCAACACAAGAUAAGCAUGUGUCCAACAGCCUAAAUAACACACAACUGAACCAAGAGAAGGAUGAUAAAAUAUUUAUAAAUUGGAUACUCCAUCAAGAGUUGUGUUAUUAUAUUAAUUUGAACAGAUUUGUAAGUGCAGGAUGCAAAUUAAGUGUGGAGGAGGAAUUAGAGUUGUUAUCUCUGUCGCAGUACUAUCUGCUCAAUUCUCUUAAAAAAAGUGGAAACACAUUGAUAAGAGAACAUGUGGUGGGUAACGAUGUUGAGUUCUCAGUACCGAGCAAGCCAACAGUCACAAAUUUCGACGAGAUAAUUGACCGUUCAGUGGUAGAUAAAAACCUGUUAGUUGAUGCAGCAACAUCGUUUACGACAAUAAGGUAUAAAAGACCCCAGGAAAUGCAAAGCGGACCGAACUCUUUGGAGUAUGUAGAUAAAAUGCUACAAAAGGGGAUGACAAUCUCAGAGUUCAUGACCGUUUACGAGCUUUUGCUGGGAGUGUUCCCACUAUCAACGUUCCCAAAUGAAAGUAGUCACGGCUGGGGGGCGAUUCUGACCAGAGUAAUAAGUUAUAAAGAAAAGGGUUCUAAGAACGUGAUGAUGUCCACGUUAAAGGUUCUAUGUUCAAACCCGUCACUAGCACCUCAUAUGCCACCAUGUCCAGAGGAUUUGAAUAAAAAGAAGCAAUUCACAGCAAUGUUUACAAGAGUGCAUCAACCAGUACAUAAGUUUUUGGGGGACCUACAAAGAGUCUUCAACAAGUUGGAUGAAGAUAAGGAAAUUUCAUGGGAUUCAACGGCCAAAUCAGUUAGUAGAAUAGAUUAUGUGAUUAAAGUGGAUCCAGUAAUACCGAAAGGAACGUUGACAACGCCGUGGAUGUUCCGUUCAUACUCUACAGACUACGGAAGAGCACAAUUUAAUAUGAAAAGUUGCACAGUUAAAUCAAUAACAAUUACAAAUGAUUUGCUCAAAGAUAUGUCAACACAACUUAUUUCUGAAUCCAUUUUAUCAGAUUUGUAUAACUCUAAAACAAAUGGAGUUAUUACAGAUGACGAAUAUGGAUUUGGAAAGAACAAGAAAAUGCCAAUUGACCUUGACAACCAUUGGAUAAUGAAGUAUGAUGUGUGUAAAAAGUAUAUGGAAAGAUUAAAGGUUGAAUACCAGAGGUAUCUAGACCAGCAGGAUCAACAAUUAGUGAUGAUGAACGCUUAUGUGGGAUUUGAUGAACAGACUAUAGAUAAGACAAUCAAGGGAGAUAAAGACCAGUUAACCAAAGGAGUAUCACAACUUACAACCCUAAAGGAGAGGUUACUGAAUUUAUUCAAGUCAGACGGACAGUUCAUAGAUUCCUCAAUCAAGACAGUGUUACAGCAGGCAAAUUCUAUAACUUCAGGAAGUUUGCCGUCCCCAGCGGAUUUUUCUAGUCUAUCCCCUCAAAAUCCUCCAAAUACAACAGUUGAUGGAGUUAACGCAGUGGUAGACAAAAUGAGCAAAGUUGGAGGGAAUAUCAAGACGUUGGUGAACACGACAAUUAAACAAGGAAUUGGUAAAAAUACAGGGAUUAACAUUAAAAAUGUGAUUAAUACAAUGACUAAAAGUCACCAAGUCCAAGAUAAUCAGUUCCCAGUAUUAAAUUACAAUGAUGGAAAUUUGGCAUGGAGUUUUGUGUUUGGAAAGUUAGGAGGUUUGGAAAAUAUGAUAACGUUUGAACAUUUAGUGGAGUGUUUGGUUUCAAGUAAAGGUGAUAACAGUUUGAGAUAUUUAAACCCAUUUAUCUCAGAUACAAACGAGAUAUUCUCCUUGGUUGCAGUGAUCAUGUUAUCAGUAAACCGCCGAAUACAUGUGGCCAAGUGUAUAUCACUGCUACUCUCAAUAUUGCAGGCAAUUAAGAGGUUUUAUAACCUGCUUUCACUGCAUACCACUGCCAGUACAACAGAUGAGAUUAACAUGUUAAAGUGUGAAAUUAUAACCUCAUCAAAGCUGUUGUCGGAGAAGUUGAAGAUAUCAAGACACUAUAUCAAGAAUGAGGGUAAAGGAAUACAGUUUGAUCCAAGAUUGCUGCUUUUCGAGUUUAACUGUGGCAUUUUGCUGUAUAAGAGACAAGUUGAGUUGGUGGAAAACUUUACAAAAAACGCGAAAAACAAUAAUAGCUGUUGUCACCAGAUGAUUAUGGGAGAAGGAAAGACGACAAUUGUAGGGCCACUUCUGUCUUUGUUGCUGGCAGACGGAGAGAAACUGUUUAUACAAAUCUGUCCAAACUCGCUCCUUGAGUUCACGAGGUCAACACUAAGAGAAACCUUUUCAGCAGUGAUUAAGAAGAAUGUUUACACAUUCAAGUUUACAAGGUUUGAUAAGGCUACACCUGAACUAUAUUUGAAGCUUUUACAGGCAAAACAGACCAGAUCAGUAGUUAUUGCAACACCAACAAGCAUAAAGUCACUUUUCCUUAAGGUUUUGUACUGUUUCCACAAAUUGGAGUCAGGAGAACUUAAGCGUGAUGUAUCUAGAAGAGUGAAUAAUUUGCAUAAGAAGUUGGUAGGUAUCUGGAACAUGACAAGUUCAAAAGUGGUAGAUUUAGCAAAUUCAACAACAAGAUCCAAGGAUAGUAGUACUGCACGUUCACCAAAAGAUAAUAAUAGUAAAGAUAAAUCUAAAAAGUCUAAAGAUAAACCGAAAACUAAUGAAGUUGGUACCUCAAACCUAAACAAUGACUACGUAUACCAAAGAGAUGUCCAGCUUGAGUUAGAUAUGUGUCUGAGGAUACUGGAACUAUUUAAUAAUGCAGUGCUCUUGAUGGAUGAAAUUGAUCUUUUGUUACAUCCACUCAAGAGUGAACUUCACUGGCCAAUGGGAGAAAAGGUGCCAAUAUCCCACCUUAACAAUAGUGACUUCCAGAUAAGAUGGUUGCUUCCAUGGCAUAUACUGAGAGUGCUGUACCAAAAUCCAGAAGAACAAAUUGCAAAAGGAGAGAGGUUUAUAUUCACAAGAAUUAAAAGAUGUAUAGAAGAGGCAGUAGUUAAUAGUUAUCUGUCGAACUUUCCCCAUAUAAUCCUAUUGUCAGUCAAGUGGUACCAAAAUGAGUUGUUACCACUAAUGGUGGAGUGGGUGUACCAGUUCUUGAGGACAAAAAAUCUAGUGGUAGAGACAUACAACGAGGUGUAUCAAUACAUUGUUAACAGAAAUGUAAGUAGUAACUUGAGAAGUGUCAAAGUUUUGGUAUUUGCAAGAGAUUGGCUCUGUAGCAUAUUCCCCCACGUCAUAUCCAAAGUUAACCAGGUUAAUUACGGUAUCUUAAGCCUUAAGCAAAUUGAAGAAGGAAUGUCAUAUAACCCAAAUAUGCCCCAAACAAGGAAAAUGCUCUCAGUCCCAUUUGUAGGUAAAGGAACACCAGCAAGAGAUUCUGAAUUUUCACACCCAGACGUCCUGAUAGGGUUUACCAUCCUGUCAACAAUUUACCAGGGCUUGAGGUUCACAGACUUUGUACUUACAAUAAGACACCUCUGCAGUAAUUUUUAUCAGGAACCGGGGAAAGCAGAGUUUAGACCCUCAUAUAAGCUGUUCAAUAAGUGGUUAAAUUCAGUAGGCUACUACGCUAAUACAACUAACGCCUCUAAAUCCACCAGCAAGAACAGUUACCACUACAUAAAAUAUGUGGAACCUACAGGACCAACAGAAUUGAAACCAGCAAAAGCCGACGUUUUGAAUGGAGAUUUAUCAAACAAUGUUGAUGGACUUGAUGGGUUUGUAGACAAAGAUGUAGCUGAAUUGAGUGAAAUGGUUGAGGAAGUUCUAGAAGUGGAUACAGACCGAGUUUGGUGUUUGGAUGGAAUAAAUGUAUUUGAUAAUGAGCAGUUGAGUGUAUUGUAUAAAAUAUUGAAAAAUAGCCCGAUUGUGAUUGAGUAUUAUUUAUGCCGAGUUUUGUUUCCACUGGCAAUGGAGUACUGUGAGAUGCAAAUGACAGCCACUGCCCAAGAGCUGGGAUCAAGCAUUCUGUUUCCAACGAGGUUGGGAUUCUCAGGAACACCAUCAGAUUUGCUCCCGGUGGAAAUGAACGGAUGUAAUUUCUCACCAGGAGUUGACGGGAAGAUGAUUGCAGUUUCAACUGAUGAAACAAUAGUGAGUGGUCCGGUUCUAUUACCAGUUGGCUGGGACUCAGAUUCGAUAAUUAAUCUUGUGGCCAACUCCCCUGAUAAACCACUUGCACUCAUUGAUACAGGAGCACUUAUAACAAACUAUACUAACUAUGAAGUAGCUAAAUUACUCUUGGUAAGAGGGCUGGCACACGUAGAUGGUGUGGUAUUUCUCGACGAUGAUGACAGGCAAAUGAUACUCUUGAGAAAUAAGUGGAAUGUGACUCUCUUGGCACAUUGUGGAAUACCACUUCAAAAAAGAUUCAGUUUUUAUGACCAGAUCCACGCAACUGGGCAGGAUAUCAAACAAUCCCCAAGAGCAAUUGCCUACGUCACUAUAGGACCCGACAUGACUUUCAGAGAUUUCGCUCAAGGAUCGUGGCGUAUGAGAGGUAUUGGACAAGGACAAACCAUCAAAAUCAUUCAACCACCCGAAAUUAAUCAACAAAUCAGUUCUCUAACAAAUAAUAAAGGAGUUUUGGGAUGUAUAUCAUGGUUACUUUUGAAAGGAUUAUUGAAUGAGGUUAGGUUGGGAAGAUUGUUGAUUGAGCAAUGUGUGGAGAAUAUAGCAAGGAAGAGAUCAUUUCAAGCACUGGUGCAUGAUCAUCUUAAUAUAGGAGGGAAUGUACACCUGGGAGCACACGUGCAGCUUUUCAGAGAGUUUAGAGAUUUCUCCAUACCAAACACAUUUGCACCCAAAGUGACAUUGAAUAAAAGAAUAUUGGAUUUCAGUGCAAGACAUCAAAUCUCACACAACCAGCUCAACUCAAUAACAUCUUUUUUGAACCAGCAAGAGAUAAAGGAUGAUUUUGUUAAUAUGAACUAUUCAAAUUCAUUUGAUUUUAGUAAAAAUAAGUAUAAUAAUGGACCUGCAUACAGUUUCUCAGGCCAUGGGUCCUCAAGAACCAGUAAUAUUAAUCAAAUUAGUAGUACAACACAGGAUUUAUUUGCACUAACAGAUGACGAAGAUAUGUUUGAAACUCAAGACCAGCCUAAACCCUCAAGUUCCAGAGAAAUGAACGAUUACCUGGGAAUGGAAAUCACAAUUGAUGAUGAGUUCUCAAUGGAAGCUGAACACGAGCAAGAGAUGGAAGUACUUGAACAAGAAGAAGAAGCCACACAAAUGCGAGAACAGAUGAAAGAAGAGGAACAUGUAACAGAGGAAGAAUUACCAGCACCACACUCCUAUAGUAGAAGUGAUGAAGAUUUGGUAUACUGGCCCUUGAAUGAUCUGGUUGACCCGAAUAAGCAUUUGGAGUUUUUGCGUUGUCGGGAUUUUUAUUUAUACAGAAAAGAUGGGCACAAAUAUACAUUACCAUUUCCAGACUACCUGUCAAUAACUCCCAACUUCUACAAGAUCAAGUGGUCCUCAAGUACCUACAGGAGAAUGAAGAAUGUAUUGGUUGUUGUGGAUGUAUCCAACCAGACAGCAGAUGUUAGUAGAGUUCUCCAAGUUAAUCAACCAUAUUCAAGCCCAACACACUCUAAUCACAGUUACUCAGCACAUCUGAACCAGAUCUCAAUACCCACAAAUAUAGUUCAUGAUGUCAUUAGAGCUUAUGAGGCUCUGGAUGAUAAGUAUGUAUCAAGAGGACAGGGUAGUUCUGGAGCAAUUGUGGACGCAGAUUCAAGUUUAUCAAUUCUCAAUGCAGUGGACCCAGAAGGACCAGACGAGUGGGAACUCAUUAGUGAACUUGUAAUGAUGAAUAUAAACAAAUAUAGAGUUCAAAAUAAGACUAACAUGAUUGGAGUAAAUGAUUUCCUCUCGUGCAUACAAAACUUGUACUCAAUUGAUCCAUCGAGAAGAUACAUUGUUGUGACUUUAGCUGAAGCGGAAGCAAUUAGAGCCUGGCUACAUAAAAAUAAAAAAACAAAUACUAAAAUAGCACUAAGGCACCUGGCGGCCAAGUUCCAGCCCUUUGAUUCUAGCGCAGUAUACGCCCCAAAAUACUUUGAUAAGCUAAAAUCCUUAGUUGGACUCCAGUCGAGAGUUGUCAACAGCUGCCUCCGCUUUUUCAAUUCUGAAAUACAAUUCUCAGAAGCACAAAUUGCAAUACUUACAAGCAUACUCAAGAGUGUGAGUCCACAAGAUAGGCUAGCAUACUAUCAAAACUUGAGAGAAACACGACUAGUAGUUCAGAAUAUGAAGAUGGCAAUAAGUUUUUGUGAGUUGUUGGGGAAACUAUUCUCAUACAAUAACAUUGACGAUUUUGUAAUUCGUCUGCUCUCACUGAAAUUUCAGCACGUAAUGGACCAAAAGGGAGGCCCAUCAUGUCUCCUUUCAUCUCUUAAAUGUGAUAAACUCUCGUACGCACAUUUGGAAAAGAUUAUUAAUCCAAACCCGCAAAAACCUUUGGCCAAAAAUGAAGAACUAAAGGCAUUUUUCACAAUUAUCGAUGUUGAUUGUGACGGAGUAAUAUCUCUGGAAGACCUGCAAAACAUAUAUCAGGAACCAACAAAACCAUCACUACUAAAAAUUAUAACAUCUGUUCAAUUCUCUCUUGUAAAAUACAAACAAGCCAGGCUUGUGGCUUCUUGCCCAAUUCUGCUCUCGUUCACAGCGAAACGACUCACACAUGUAAAAUCUGAAACUGCUGUAAUAUCUCAAUACUUUGUACCCACCAAUUCCAGUGCUAAGAUGACAUUUAGUGGUUUUGGCAUGGAUUUAGAAGUGUACAUCAAUGUUUUGAUGUUAAUUCGAGGAAAUGGAAUAGAUUUGUUUAUGAAGCCACCUACUAGUUUUAAAGUUGUUUGGAAAGACCAAAUUGACCCGAAUUUGGUACUUUGGGAACCUGAAGCUCCUACUGGAUACUCCAGCCUAGGACUAGUGGCAACCACAGGAAAUCAACCACCUAGAACAAGCAUACACUGCAUUCCAACUAAAUGGCUCGAAAGUUUAGAUAAAUAUGAUACUAUUGCCCUAGAUGGAUUUGAUUCAGACAACAAGUCAUUUAAGCUUACAUUGUACUUGGCGAAUGGAGUACUAAGUCUCACCCCGCCCAUGAGACUCAUGUACGACAACUUCGCCCUCCAACAGGAUUUUUUCGACGACUCAAACAUACCCGCAAUUUUACCUUUAUAAUAUAAUAUAAUAUAAAAAAA